AUGGGUACCUUGUUGCUGUGGAUAUUAGCGCUCCUGGAGAGAUCUGGGGAAGGAGAAGGAACUGCCCAAGAGCCAAUGCCAAAUCGAGGCAGACGGACGCUGAGAACUGAAAAUCAUGGUCCAGAUAUAAUUUCAGACAGGAGCAAGGGGGACCCAGAUGACGCCGAGGACUGCCACGCCCACCUCUGCGCCCUCGUCGACUUCGCCCUGGAGAUGAAAGCCCGCCUGGAGGACGUCAACAAACACUCCUUCAAUAACUUCAAGCUGAGAGUAGGUAUUAGCCACGGCCCUCUCGUCGGGGGCGUGAUCGGGGCCAAGAAGCCGGUGUUCGACGUCUGGGGCAACACGGUUAAUGAGGCUUCGAGGAUGGACUCCACGGGCGCCAACGACACCAUCCAGAUCCCGAAGGAGACGGCGCAGAUCCUGAACUUCCGCGGCUUCCGACUGCAGUGCCGCGGGAAGAUCGCCGUGAAGGGCAAGGGCGAGAUGGACACCUACUUCGUGCUCGGAAGGAAGGCCUCCGCCCGUGCCAACUUCACGCGGCAUCCUUCGACCUACAAUUCUCUCGCGGCGGUCGUGUACGGCAUGGUGCAGGCGCGCAAGAAACAGACAAUCAAAAGAAGCAACACCACGGUGCGACGCGACCGGCAGCGGAAGGUCUCGCCGUCCGAAGGGAACGCAACCAGCUCGGGCGGUGGCGGCGGCGGCGGCAGCGGCGGCGUUCGCGACAUCACGCCCGGCCUCACGCGACGGGCCACGCGGCUGGAGCGGACUGUGACUUCGCACCACAACCUCCGCAGCCUGGCCAAGGACGACCACCGGCCCGAAGCUUCAACCAAGAGCCAAGAGGAAGGCGUGUAGAUUCUCUUCCCGCCUGUGAGGUCAAAGGACAUCAUCUGAGGUCAUACGCCAAGCAUUUAAACUCAAAUAUGACCUUAAGAUGACCCUUCACGUCGGAAGUCCCUUCUUUAAGACAGCUGAAACGAUGCAGAAAUUACUCUCUAAAUCACUCUAUGAUAUAUCCUAAGAUCAUAAAAACGCCCCUUUCGGCCAGACACACCAAGCAGUGUGAAGAAAUCCCUGUAGCCUGCUGAUGUGCGCUCAGUACACAGCAGAGAAUAACGAGACAGAGAGAGACUAUACGAAGGCCACCACGACAGAGCUUCGGUGUCGCGGUAGUGCACGGAAAUCAUAAUAAUAUAGUCUAUAGUGCAGCUGUGUGAGAUGGUGCAGCUGGAGACA